AUGAGGCAAUACAGGGAAAAAUUUACAUUCGAGGUUAGAAUCAUUUUGUAAAGCAUCAUGAACUGAGUGCCACAGGAACGCACUGCUCAGCGACUCAUCCACGCUAAGGAGUUGGAAGCACCUUGCACCGCAUAGAGCAAAUCAAGUAACGCUCAGACAGCGAUGGACUUCGUAGCCUUUAGUUGGAUUAGUCGAGCUUGAAGAUUUAACUCAUAGACUUCAACACUUAACUUCCUCGCCUACGACAGGACAACAAGAAAAAGAACCAGCGAAGUAUUGGUCAGUAAUUAAGUUUGUACUAGACAAUACUGUGAUGCUCAAUUUACCCUCUCUCUCAUUCAAAUAGUAAAAUGUCUUAUUCCUGAAGUGAACUUUUUUUUAGCCGAAACAUGGGAACAAGAACUUUUUCCAACUGUCCUAAAAUGAUCAAAUUGAAGCUUGAAGCUUGAAGAUUUAACUGAUAGACUUCAACGUUUAACUUCUUCACGUUAAUUGAAUGGUCAUACUUAAUCGACCGAUUCUAUAACCUCGUACUGCAUCAGUAAUAAGCUGAACCACUGUAAUGCUCAAUUUCCACUCAAAGACUAAAAAGUGUCUUUCUUAAAGUGAACGCUUUCAGUCAAUGGGAAUUACAAGAACUUUUUUCCUACCGCCUUAAGAUUAUCAAACUCAUCCAAAUUUGCAAAUUAAUAUUAAUAGAACAAAUACAGCUCUGAUGAUUUUCUCCUCUGUGAUCCGUGUGAAAUUUUCGUUCUAUUUCGGCCAUAAAACCAAAAUCGAUGCUUUUACCACUCGUGAAAUCUCAUGAAUCACUUUCAUCCACAGAGAUAUGCUUUCUUGCUAUCUUUCCAGCUUGAAUAAAUUUUGAACAAGUAAACGUUUGUAGGAUUUUAAUCGCGGCAAAAUUCCCCCUAGUUUAAACGCUCGCGGCGUCCUGUAGUUACUUGACAGUCUUUUACUAGUCCUUGCUCAUAGCAUGCCACGGUUCACUUUUAUAGUAACAUUAGUUUGCAUUAUAUUUAGAACGGUUAACAAAAUUCAAGAAAUGUGAACUUUGGAGGGAACCUUCAAAGGCAAUGAUGGCUAUUGCCUCCGUAAGAUCUAAUAACACUCUAUUGUUCUUACUGAGGAUUGGAUGGAGAUAUGUGAAUUUCUAUUUUCCGUUGUUUACACAGUUUUUUUAUGAAACACAAAUCCCAAGAAAAUUAACUUUUUUCUUCCCAGAAAAACACAAAAAAGUAAGAAAAAAACAACAGGAGGCAAGAAUGACAGUUUUUAUUCCUCAAACAGGUGGUACAUUUUAGCCCCUUUUUGCUGUCAUGAAGAACAUUCAAGAAUACUAUAGACUUGACUCGCGUCAGCUGAAGGAAUAACUAAUCUUGUAUUCAAAUGGUAAAUUAAAUUUUCUUUAUACUUAAGCUGUCGCUUGGUAUGAGCACCAGAACUGUCGUUUGAGUAAAUGACAUUCGCGAAGUUCUUUAAGCUGUGUAAAAUGCCCUGUUCAUUUUGAAUUCAGGGUAAAAAAAGCUACAUUUAUUCACUGUUUUCAUCCAAUUGUCAUUAUUACUUGGUUGUUCCUUACUUUUGUCCCUGUAAUCGUCAAAGAAUAAGGCAUCUAUUUCUCACUUUCUCGUCGUCAAAUAUAGAUAGAACUUUUUUACAACAAAAUAAAAGACAGGCCAAGAACAGAGUCCAAUUGUCAUUAUCACUUCGUUGUUCCUUACUUUUGUCAUUGUAAUCGUCAAAGAACUGGACAUCUAUCUCUCCCUUUCUCAUCGUCAAAUAUAGAACCUUUUUACGACAAAAUAAAAGGCAGGGCUAACAGAGUAAGUGAUAAAAAGCACAAUAAACCACCCUUGUUGGGAAGCUCGAAUGGUCUUUCACAGGUAUUGUCGGGAGUUUACAGACAUAGUAGAAAAUAUUGUGAUAAUUCAGUCAGUCUUGAGAUCCUGCCCUCAUGAUUCUCGUAAAAAAUAUAUAACUUAUUUGUGUUGAUUAUGGAAAACUUGGACUUUAUGAAUAGUCAGGAAAUCGACAUGCUCUGACUCCCCUAAUACUUUCUUUCUCUAAUAACUUCGACAGUGCAAUUUGAGACUUUGUAAUCAUAGGAUCGCAACGUUAACGUUUAAGUACCUCAGAUUUGCUAAAGAUCCGAGGGAACUACAGUACAAGGAAGACAGGAGGCUAAGCAGGCCAUUAUGUUACUUUUAAAUUCUAUAGAAAUAAUUGCUGUAAGAAGUUACGUUUGCGUGGAGCGUUUGCUUUUUUUUCCUAAAGAGUGAAGGAACUAAAUUAAUACAAAACAUGUCAAGAGCGCUCUGUUCGGCGUUUUGACUUGCUGAUAAUCUAAAACCGAAUUAAUGAAUACAAUUCAAAGGUUCUCUUUGACGAAUGUUUCCUUAUCAAUUUACUGGUACUUUUUUGAGCAGUGAAUCAAUAUCUUCCAUAACAGAGAGUGCAAUCUGCGUUACGUAAGACUUAGCCGGUGAUUCAAGUAUACUUCGAUAAAAAGGUUUUAAUUUUGAUCACUUCAUGGGUUGCUAAUUGGGAUGUGACUUUUUACAUGGUACUUUAUAUGUACUUAUUGUUAAGUCCACACGAGGAGGGAACCCGUUAAAUAAUCACAGAGGCAUUUUCAGGUACGCUUUUGAAUCAAGCUUAUUUAAUGAGAACUCGAAAUUCUGGUUAGGCUUUCUCUCUUUUCACUUAAUGCCAGCUUAAUGCUUUCUUGGUAUAAACACGAUUAAAUCUCUGCAGAUACCAUAAAUGACUUUUAGGAGACAGAACAGAGAAGAACAAUAGUAAUGCAUGUUCGUUCAGUGAUUUCAAAGCAUAAAAACUUAAACACCUGGAUUCUCUCGACCCUCGAGAAUGUAGACUUUACAUCUCGAACGUGCUAUAUUUUCCUGUGGAAUAAAAGCUAACUUUAAACCGUUAUUCGUGGCACUGACUUUCUGGGUUUCGUUUGCUUCUUUUCACGCAUUAUUCGGAGUAAAACUAAGCGUUCCACUUCAUGAUGCUCUGCAUGAAAACUAUUUAGGCUUUUCAAAGGACACAACAGUAAAACAAAUCGUGAACCUAGUUCAAUUAAUUUAAGCGUUUUUUAUUGUCUGUGGUCCUACCUCAGACACUCCUAACUUCAAUUUUUUAAAUAGCUUUCUUUCUUUGGCAAAAGACCUAUUGCUUUUUAAUAUCACUUGAAAAUUGCUUUUAUCAUUACGGAAGCUAAUAAAAGUUCAAUUUACUCUUUAGGCAACGAUCCAAAAGUCUGCUCUUUCAUAUCUAACAGGUACGUGAUGGUUCCCAUUGUUCCACCUUCACGUAUGCAGACAAUUUCUUUCUAUUUAAAUGAAACUUGCACUUACAACUUCAAUUAUCACUGUGAUUUAAUCCAUUUUUAAAUUAACGAACAUCUGAGAAGUUUCCCUUCGAAAUCAUCACAACAUAAAGCCUGCAUUACCAGUAAAUAACCUGCGGUAUUUACUUUGCUUACGCUCGUAUCAAUAGCGUCUACUUGGCUUCACACAUGUAAUUCUAAUUCACGCAAUUCUUGCGUCAGGGCAAAAUAAGGUUAAGCACCAAAGAACAGUACUUAAGUGACACCGAGGCAAAAUUAUCUUGUAAUAUUGUUCUUCAAAUACCCGUCAAAUUUUCACAAGCGGGAUUUAUUCAGUUGCGAAAGUCGAACACAUCUUUUGUACAUUUAAGAUUCUAACUCCGUUUCGUGCCUGCAACAAGGUGUUUAACCUGGCCCCUUUAUUUGCUGAGAAGCGUUCGAUUUUUCAUGAGGAAUUUACAAAGCGAUAAAUUAAAGCAAAAAUAGGUCUAUCCAUUCACCGAAUUUGUGUCUUUUCGUACAUUCUUUCAUUCCACGUAUUAUGUCCAUUCACAGGGCCGAUUUCCCUAUCAUUGAUUCCUGUAUGAACAGCAUAUGGUCAAACAGUCGUUGGGACGUUUUCCCCUUUCAAAAGGCGCUCUCGCUGCACCUAAGUAAAUGUUUACGUGGAACAUGAUUUCUUUCAUGGCCAGUUGUGUUCCCUUUGUGUUUUGCUGGUACCGCUACCCAGUUACCUGCUUUCACGUCUGAUUGUACCUAUUCCCUUCAGCCAGACCGGAGACAAUUUUCUAACAGAUAUAUCACGCCCUUUGUUUAACGACCUCAGUAGUCAAGGGACUCUUUCCCCUGGUUGAUUCCCGCAAGGUACAUAAGCCCAAACAACCCGGUUCACUCGAAGCCACUCACAAGUCGACAUUGAUUUCUUGUGAAUAUUUUUAGCACUGAUUUCAACACUAAAAUAGAGAAUUUUCUCUUUUCAGUCAGCUCUUCACUCUUCAACGAGUUUCAACACAGAUCGCAUAAAGUUGUCUAUGUCUACCGUCUUGAGACGGUAUCAAAAUUCCAAGUUAAGAACAAGAAAGAUUUUCGAAGGUAAGUCUAACUCUGCUCAACGGAAACGCAUGUUAUCCCGUAAUUUAAUUGUAGGCAUAUAAUACCCUAAAAAAAAAAAUCCUUGUCAUGUGCCUGUCCGCUUUAUCGCCCUUUAUCAUCGUCACAUUACCUUGAUUAUUGUAUUUGACAAAAUGAUUGCUUUUAAUAAAUAAUAUUUUGGGGCCUUUCACCCGAUGGUUUUACUGUUUGCUGACUAAAACAGCGUGAUCAAAACUCUUUCUUUCGAUAUAAAUAAUGUGCAGUGUACUAUUGUAUUAGUUUUGUUUUGUAAAGCUCCGUCUUACCUGAAUUGUUGUUUAUUAUUUUGGUUUGAUCAGCCGUAGUAAGGUCCGCGUCUUAUUUAGGCAGAUCGUGCUAACACUUUGUUUUUAUUUUGUAUUCAAGAGAAAAAUCUAAUAGAACAAACACUUUCUGACUUAAGCAAAAAUUAA